GGGGGACACACACUCGUUGUAAACGUAUCCAUCUCGCUUUUGCUCGUUACUUACAUUUUAAAACAACUCGUAAGAUAAAUGUUAUUUAACAGACACGAAUGUAUUAUUCUCUAUAUAUUCAGCUUAUAAACCAAUCGGCUCAGAAAUAAAUUAUAGCUGUAGUAAAUUUCACAGUAUGAAAGAAAAAGGUCAUCUCGUGUCCAAACAGUUGAUUUUAAUCUGAUCAGCAUCUUAUCUAUUGUAAUGAUGCACCUUGAUAAAACACUCAUUAAGUUCUUUAAUUUUUUUUUUUUUUUUUUUUUUUUUUACAAACGAUCCGAGUGGAUUGAUACAUGUAACUUUUUGUCAUGUCAUGUCAUAGGGUUUUACGUGCACAUUCAGAACAAGCUGUUGUAGCGCACAAGAGCCGGCCUUGGCCGGCUCCUCCGUUCAUGACACAUAUGGGCAUACAUAGGAUUUUAAAAAGUUGUCGCUUUAUUGCACGAAUAUGGAACAGUCUAUCAUGACGGAGCGAGGCAUGAACUGAGAGCAUGGAAGAGAAUACAUCGAUAACUUCACUUGUUGAUUGUGAACACUCAUUACACGUUCACUCAUUCCAGACGAAAAUACUCGAUACAACAGUAUUUUUCCAAGUUAUAAAACUUAAUAAUAGUUUUCAUUUGUUCGUGGGGAACGUGCCGACGUUACAAAACAUGGCCAUGUCAAUGAACACAAAAUAUGAGAAUGUUCCAACAGUGAAUCAUCUGUUUGGAAAUAGAACUGACUCAACAUCAAGCAGCAUUGCACAGAAAUUAGCCAAGAAGACUGGAAAGCAGGUGUUUGUGAGUUGUAACCUGGAAUACAAUCAGACUAUGCUUCCUCUGGUGGAGAAACAUAUAUUUGAUGAACUGAAGGCUCAUCCAGACAAGUUUUAAAUUGUUAAUUUCACCUGUGUAUAUAUCACAUCUGUCUAUAGUUGGAUGUAGGGGGUGGGGUGGGGUUUACAAUAUUUAUCCUUUUUUUUUUUUUUUUUAAGAUAAGAAUUAGUUUUUUGACAUGUUUGUCCUCAAGUGGAGAACGCACAGCUCCCCCCAACCCCCUCCCCCAACUGAUUCCUAUGGGUAUGUAAGCAGAGCCGGUUUAUCCUAGUACAAUAUGUAGCACAUGCUAUGGGCCCCACGUUUCAGGGGGCCCUGCAGUGAUGUGUACAUUUAUUUUCCCCAGGUAAUUGUUCCUCUCUCCUUGAAGGAUUUACAAAAUAUAUCCUGGGAAGGGGGCCCAGCGGAUCCAUAAACAAGCUCUGCCUGCAAGGUGUUCUUGGUAGAUUCUGCUGCAUUAGAAAACCAAUUGGGUAAAAAAAAAGAAUCAUUGUUGUUUCGCCAUUCUAUCCAGAGAAUCAGAAAGAAUCGCCUGUAUGACUGCAGUAGGUUUCACCAGUUUAUCUGAUGGAAUCAUUCUGUCUAUUGUGAUACAGCAUUGAUGACCACUGUGUAUCAUCAAUGGAAAAACAUAAAAAAGAGUAACACAUGUGGCAACGUCUCAGAUCUCUCAUUGAAUAGUUCCAUUUAAAUGAUCAUGGAGUCUCAGUGGAAGUGUGCUCCAAAAAGAGUAACAAAUAUGUUGAGAAUUUAUGAGGAAACAACUUUUUUAUCAUAGCAAGUGUAAGUUUAAUGCUUAAUAUUGUCAGUAUCACUAAAACAGUCUUUUAAAAAGUUUGUAUAAUGAUUUAAUCACACCUUGCCAUGAAAAACUGAGGGAGUGAUUAUGGGGAACCAUUUAAGAUAUUGCCAUAUUGAGCAUCGAUAUUUAAUCCUUGUAGGGUAGUAUUUAAAAAAAGAUAUUAUCCUUGAACUAGUCUUAUUAAAAGUAGAUAUACUGAUGGAAAGAAAUAAAGGAUCACACAGAUAGCAACAAAGAUUAAUGACUGCAUCAAAAAUCAAUUCAU